AUGCCAUAUCAACCGUCUAUCGAUUCGUUACAAAAUCCGACAGCGCAAGCCAGAUUAGAUGAUAGAUCUGACGCCGAUUUUGAUGAAUCCACAGGCCGCGCCUUAGUUACCUACGUUUACUCAGAAACCCCCAAUUUUCGGAAGAAUGCUCUCUUUUUCGUCAAUCACGGCUUGCACGCCUACGCCGAUUUUAUUUUUAUUUUGAAUGGCCCAACCGACCUGAUUAGCUAUAUUCCGGGACAACCAAAUAUUCAAGUUAUUCGGCGGAAUAAUAUAUCAUCUGAUCUGGAAUCUCACGCUGAGAUAUUACGAGCUAACCAAGGUGCCUUAAUAAAGAAAUAUAAGAAAUUUAUCAUGUUGGACGCUUCGAUACGGGGGCCAUUUUUGCCAGCUUGGAGUAACGAGUGCUGGAGUGAUGCAUAUUUGGAUCGGCUUACAGUUGAAACCAAACUCGUUGGAUUGUCUAUGGAUUCAAAAUGCAACGCAGAUGGAAAAAAGCACACAAUCAUACAGCCUAUGCUGCUUGCGACCGAUCGUAUUGGCUUAUCUGUGCUUCUUAAACCAAUCAGAAAAUCUUUUACAACCCUUAAGGAUGUUGUACACAUAGAAGAAUCCACCGCUCAAACCAUACUCGACGCAGGGUAUGGUAUUAGUGUUAUGAAGGCCUCUCUUGCUUCCAAUCGUGGCUAUCGGCUUGGCAAAUGCGCACAAGAUGAGGUCCCCAGUUUUAAUACAAGCAUUCAUCCGUAUGAAACUAUAUUUCAGGAGGCAAAUCAAGAUAACACAUCUCAGCAACUGAAACUAUUGACGGAGCAGCAUGGCCAAGCCAGGUAUUCAAGCUGGGAUACCUGUUGGAUGAAGAAAAUACGGAGUAACGGCUAA